AUGAUACACAAUACAGAAGGUCCCCAACAUGUUUCCUUUGCUCUAACUCUCUCAGAUACUCCAGAUUUAAUCCCAUUUAUUUCCCCCCACCGAAACUCCCCUACCCCCUUCAGCUUUGUUUCGCUUAGGGCCAGGACAUCCAACUUCUUUUCAUUCAUAACAUCAGCAAUCAUCUGUUUCUUGUCAUCUGCACUACAUCCACGCACAUUCAAGCAUCCCAGUUUUAUAAAGUUUUUCUUCUUCUCUUUUUUUAGUAAAUGUCUACAGGAGAAGGGGUUACUAGCCCAUUGCUCCCUGCAUUUAUGUUUAUUUUAUAUUUCAGCACCAAGAACUUGGAUUAGGGAAUAUGAAGCCAUACUCUUGAAGUGUAUGAGGGAUCAUGUUGUUAUGAUUGGAGAAGCAAAGGCUAAAGUUGGCAAAAAACCCUACACGAAUGUCAUGGAAUUACUGGCAAAGGAGCUGCAAGUGUCUAUUGGGGAAUGGGUUAACCGCAAAUGUGUUAUAAAGAAGUGGUUGGGUUUGCUUCGGCGUGUCAGGAACUUUGAUGCACUCCAGAAGGGUAAUCAAAUGCUGGGCUACCUUCAUCUAGAUCCCCCAGAGUUUUAUGGCUCUAUUAAAGAAAUUGAUAAAGAAAUCCAAAAGGCAAAAUUAAGAGCCCAACAGGGAAUUAAGCAAGGUAGUGGCAAAAAAGAGGAGGAAGAGGAGGAGGAGGAGGAGGAGGAGGGAGAAACUGUAGCAGAAGCCACAGAAAACAAUGGUGAAAAUUUUGCAGUUCAGGAUUGUAAGGUAGAAGCUGAUAGUAUAGAAUAUGUGGUAGAGAGUGGCACUCAAGAUCGAAAAUGCAUUGAGGUGGUUGAUGUUGGUAAUACAAUGAUACGUAAGGAUAUAGUGCUUUCAGUUUUGAAUCGGAUGGAGCAAGGUCUUCUCAGCCCUGGAGAAAUUGCACAAGAGUUUGGGAUUGAUGAGAUAUUUUUGGAGCUAAUCAAGCAAAGAAAGUAUAUCAUUAUACAAGGCAUUGAAAGAUGUUCCCUUUGUCACCUUUUACUGGGUAAUAAGAAAGAUCUGGUAACCCACGAGCUACAGUGUUCUGAUAAGAAUAAGUGGGUAGAAAGUCGUGUAGAUGACAAGGGUGAAGUUGAUAAUUUCCAGUUCUUCCCGGCUACAGUUGAGCGACUAGUUCAGCUUGUCAUAGAGACCAAUCCACGGGAAAAUAGAAGAAAUACAUGGAAGAAAAUAGCUUUCCAUCUGUCAGGCCUUCAAGAUGGUGUAACAGUGAAACGCUGCAACCAGAAAUGGCGUAACCUGGUUAACCAGUGUCGGUCUUAUGAGCAGUUGAAUAAGUGGGCGAUAGCUCAUAAUUAUACCCACUCCAGACCUAUGCCUGAGUACUAUCAUCUAAUCAUGCCAUAUGUUAAUGCUUCGGAGGUUACGAAGGUUCGUCCCUCCCUUGAUGCAAUUCGAAAAUUUGUGUCUACAAACAGGCAUAUUGGCAAAGAUGAUGAGGCUAGUUGGGAUGAGUCUAAUAAUUUCAAUGAUGGGGAUGAAGAUAUUGAUGAGAGUGCAGCAGAUUAUGAAGAUGGUGAUUUGAAUGAUGCCAGUGAUCGUUUUGAUGAUUCUUCAGCAAAGACAUAUUCCAAAUCAAACUCUACAACAUAUCCUCCUAAUGAUGUGACUUCUGAUCUGAAAAUGGCUCCUGAAUCACAUUCUUUAACAGAUCCUCCUAAUGAUGUUGUUACUGCAGUGAAAUUACCUGCCAAAUCAAAACCUGCAUUAGAAUCUUCAGGUAAACUGUGCACUGGAGAGGAGAGUAAAUCUGCUAGGCAUUUUGAAAAUGAUCAUGACAUUAACAAGGCCCAAGAAACUAUCAAAAACCAAGCAAACCUCAUUGGAAAGUUUGAGAACAAAUUGGACAAUGCGUUAGUUCUACUGAGAGAUAUGGCAAGAGAAAAUCAGAGAGUGAUUAAAGCAGCAGGUUCAAAAUCUGAUGUGAGUAUGGCAAGUGUUGGAGAAAAGAUCUGUAAGGUACUUCAAGUUCAGAUUGAGAUGCAGACUCAGAUGUCGAAGCGACUUGAGGCAAUGACGUGCAUGUGGGAGCGUCACCACCGGGAGAAUUUAGGUGUCAUGAAAUCACUCAUUGCAGAAAUAAGUCAUAAAAAUGUAUCUAAAUUUCCUCUUGCUAACCCUACAGAUCAUAUACCAAAAUUAAAUCAGUCAAUCAGCAGUACAGAUGGUAAUUCAAAUCAGACACAUGGUAGAAGGACAACAAAACCAAAACCAGACAAGACUUGUGACAAGAGAGCAAACACAAAUCAGAUAUGCAAAAGCAGCACCAAAUCAGAAGAAUUGUUAAAAGGUUGCACAAUCAACACAACAAAGCCUGAUCAGAAUUGUAACAGCACACACCACACAACUAGUCAGAAGUGUAUUAUGACCAGAAAGCGUAAUCAGACAAGCAGCAGUGACACAUCAAAACUUGGUAGUGCUCUCAACAGUACAACAAAAACAAACCAGGAAUGUGAAAAUAAGAUAAGCAAAUCAGAAUGUGAAGGGCAAGGUAAACGGAUAAAAAAAAGAAAGAUUAUUCCUGACUAUUAAACCAGUUUUAAAUAGUAAGUGUUGAACAAUUUUGUGAAUAUUAUAAGGAAUAAGAGUUUCAUCAUUAUUUCUACCGUGUUAACCAUUUUCAAAUUUUAAUAGGUUGGAGAGGAUUUCACAAAGAUGCAAUGGAAAAGUGAAAGAAAAGGUAAAUUAAAGAUAUUUAAUGAAA